AAGAGGAGACACUGCCUUUAACACAGUGAGACACAAGCCUGCUGAGGACCAAGUUAACACAGUGAGACACAAGCCUGCUGAAGACCAAGUUAACACAGUGAGACACAAGCCUGCUGAGGACCAAGUUAACACAGUGAGACACAAGCCUGCUGAGGACCAAGUUAACACAGUGAGACACAAGCCUGCUGAGGACCAAGUUAACACAGUCAGAGUCCAGAAUUCUCUCAGCACAGCAAUGAAACUGGAGCAUUUGAGCACUGGCCCGUUGGCAAAGUACGGAGCGGCAGGUGCAGUCACUGCAAUAAGUCUGCUUCUGCUGCGCAGGUGGAUUGCGGGCGGGGUGUGCAGGAGCAAAGCAAGGCUUGAUGGGAAGACUGUGUUGAUCACCGGCGCGAACACCGGUAUUGGCAAGGAGACAGCGCGCGACCUGGCUGGGAGAGGUGCCCGCGUGGUGAUUGCAUGCCGCGAUCUCGCCAAGGCAGAGCAGGCGGCGGCAGAGAUCCGCAGGACCACGGGGAACGGCAACGUGGCGGUGCGACGGCUGGAUCUGGCCUCGCUCAGCUCCGUGCGCCAGUUCAGCAGGGAGUUUAAUGAGAGAGAGGAGAGGCUGGACAUCCUCAUCAACAAUGCAGGUGUCAUGAUGUGCCCCAAGUGGCUGACUGAGGACGGCUUUGAGAUGCAGCUCGGCGUCAAUCACCUGGGCCAUUUCCUGCUGACCAAUCUGCUGCUGGACAAGCUGAAGAGCUCCGCCCCCAGCCGUGUGGUCAAUGUGUCCAGCAUCGCCCACAAGGGGGGCAGAGUGCACUUCGAUGACAUCUUCUUUGAGCACAGCGAGUACAGCCCCCUGGAGAGCUAUCGGCAGAGCAAGCUGGCCGUGCUGCUGUUCUCCAGAGAGCUGGCACACAGGCUGCAGGGCACUGGAGUGACUUCAUACUCCCUGCACCCUGGGGUGAUCCGCACGGAGCUGGGGCGUCACGUACUGGGAGGGUAUCCCCUGCUGAAGAUGAUUGUGAGCGCCCCCUCUCUGUGCCUCAUGAAAACACCAGUCCAGGGAGCGCAGACCAGCAUCCACUGUGCCGUGGCUGAGGGGCUGGAGAGGAGCAGCGGGCUGUAUUUCAGUGACUGCUCCCUGAAGGAGCCGGCUCCCGAGGGGCAGGAUGACAGGGCGGCCCGGCAGCUGUGGGAGCUGAGCGCCAGACUGGUGGGACUGGAAGAGAACUGACAGCAGAACCUCUCCUGGAGAGGAACCUGCUCACAGCACGGCAGUGAAAGUUUAAACUAAACUUUACUUUAAACUAAUUGGACACUUUAAAUUGGAGAGAACAUUGGGGUUAAAAUAAUUAGGCACACAAAUUAAAAAGAACCACUCAGGGUGAUUGCAAAACUGAUAGACAGUCGAGGAGCAGUAAAAAUAAACAGCAGAGGCUGAUUCCUCUUUCAGUCAAUAAUGGAAUGAGCUCAUUGCUAUUGCUUCACACCUUUUAUUCUGUCACAGGUUCCCAGUUUAUAACUAGACAAUAAGUCAAUGAUGAGCUUCUUGACUCUAGUUAGUUAGUCAUUUAUACCUACUAACUACAUGCUACGAAACACACCCGAUACGGUUAGCAAACCACAAAUAAAGAACGCAGACCUUUCAUUGUGAGGGUUUGUGUGUAAUCUGUUUGACUUCAGAAUUGUGUUUGGGGUUCCUUUCAGAACGUGCGCUUGUCAAUUUGAGGUGGAUCUGGGUAUCAGAUAUCGUGUGUGAAUGCGUGUGUUGGAUAUUAUAAUAUGCUUGAGUAGUGCCUUUGAUAGGGUACUGAGUUUGUGGAAAGAGCACAUACAAUAAAUGUUGUGAUACUUCUUUUAUUAAACAGUAAAUAGAUUCAGAUUCCAUUUUCAUAGUUUCUGUCCCCUUCUUAUAAUGUUUGCAAUGAAGCGUUUCUUUUUUAAAUUACUCAAAUAUUGUGUGUGUGUGUGUGUGUUUGUAUAUAAGUCUGUGUUGAGGUGCUUUGACUGCGAGUUUACACCCUGGAUGAUGUAGUCUGUGUUGCAUGUCUAUGAGUUUACACCCUGGAUGAUGUAGCCUGUGUUGCAUGUCUAUGAGUUUACACCCUGGAUGAUGUAGCCUGUGUUGCAUGUCUAUGAGUUUACACCCUGGAUGAUGUAGUCUGUGUUGCAUGUCUAUGAGUUUACACCCUGGAUGAUGUAGCCUGUGUUGCAUGUCUAUGAGUUUACACCCUGGAUGAUGUAGCCUGUGUUGCAUGUCUAUGAGUUUACACCCUGGAUGAUGUAGCCUGUGUUGCAUGUCUAUGAGUUUACACCCUGGAUGAUGUAGUCUGUGUUGCAUGUCUAUGAGUUUACACCCUGGAUGAUGUAGCCUGUGUUGCAUGUCUAUGAGUUUACACCCUGGAUGAUGUAGUCUGUGUUGCAUGUCUAUGAGUUUACACCCUGGAUGAUGUAGCCUGUGUUGCAUGUCUAUGAGUUUACAUCCUGGAUGAUGUAGUCUGUCUGUGUUGCAUGUCUAUGAGUUUACACCCUGGAUGAUGUAGCCUGUCUGUGUUGCAUGUCUAUGAGUUUACAUCCUGGAUGAUGUAGUCUGUCUGUGUUGCAUGUCUAUGAGUUUACAUCCUGGAUGAUGUAGUCUGUCUGUGUUGCAUGUCUAUGAGUUUACACCCUGGAUGAUGUAGCCUGUCUGUGUUGCAUGUCUAUGAGUUUACACCCUGGAUGAUGUAGUCUGUCUGUGUUGCAUGUCUAUGAGUUUACAUCCUGGAUGAUGUAGUCUGUCUGUGUUGCAUGUCUAUGAGUUUACACCCUGGAUGAUGUAGCCUGUUUGUGUUGCAUGCCUAUGAGUUUACACCCUGGAUGAUGUAGCCUGUCUGUGUUGCAUGUCUAUGAGUUUACACCCUGGAUGAUGUAGUCUGUGUUGCAUGUCUAUGAGUUUACACCCUGGAUGAUGUAGCCUGUGGUACAUGUCUAUGAGUUUACACCCUGGAUGAUGUAGCCUGUCUGUGUUGCAUGUCUAUGAGUUUACACCCUGGAUGAUGUAGCCUGUGUUGCAUGUCUAUGAGUUUACACCCUGGAUGAUGUAGUCUGUCUGUGUUGCAUGUCUAUGAGUUUACACCCUGGAUGAUGUAGCCUGUCUGUGUUGCAUGUCUAUGAGUUUACACCCUGGAUGAUGUAGUCUGUGUUGCAUGUCUAUGAGUUUACACCCUGGAUGAUGUAGCCUGUGUUACAUGUCUAUGAGUUUACACCCUGGAUGAUGUAGCCUGUGUUGCAUGUCUAUGAGUUUACACCCUGGAUGAUGUAGUCUGUGUUGCAUGUCUAUGAGUUUACACCCUGGAUGAUGGAGCCUGUCUGUGUUGCAUGUCUAUGAGUUUACACCCUGGAUGAUGAAGCCUGUGUUACAUGUCUAUGAGUUUACACCCUGGAUGAUGUAGUCUGUCUGUGUUGCAUGUCUAUGAGUUUACACCCUGGAUGAUGUAGCCUGUCUGUGUUGCAUGUCUAUGAGUUUACACCCUGGAUGAUGGAGCCUGUCUGUGUUGCAUGUCUAUGAGUUUACACCCUGGAUGAUGUAGUCUGUGUUACAUGUCUAUGAGUUUACACCCUGGAUGAUGUAGCCUGUCUGUGUUGCAUGUCUAUGAGUUUACACCCUGGAUGAUGUAGUCUGUGUUACAUGUCUAUGAGUUUACACCCUGGAUGAUGUAGCCUGCCUGUGUUACAUGUCUAUCAAUCAAAUCAAUCAAUCUUUAUUUUAUAUAGCGCCUUUCAUAGUUGACCACCAUCACAAAGCAGUUUACAAGAUGCAGUAACAACAAGAAAAUCCAUAAUACUUUAAAUACAGAGAAAUGCAUAAUACAUGAUAUACAGUGGAAAGUGCAUAACACAUGAUAGUAGCAUAAUACAUGAAAUAGCAGCAGCAACACAGCACCUAAUAGGAAAUAUCAGGCUUAAAGAGCACGGAACGCAAGAGAGAGCAGGUGGGUCUUGAGAGCUGAUUUAAAGCAAGCGACGGUGGAGCAUCACGCACCAAAGCUGGGAGAGAGUUCCAAAGAGUCGGAGCCAUGAAGCUAAACAAGCGCUCUCCGAGUGUGGUGCACUUUUGCUUGGGGAUAACAAGCAGGCCAGAGUCAGAGGACCUCAGCUUGCGGGCAGGGACAUAGCGGGUCAGCAGGGUGUGAUGAGAGGGCAUUGUAGGUGAGCAGGAGAGUUUUGAAAGUAAUCCUGAACUUUACAGGUAGCCAGUACAGCUGGGCAAGACGGGGUAAUGUGAUCACGUUCUUUUCAUCUGGUAAGGAUCCUGGGCCGCAACUAGAACUUAAGAGCAGCUCCUGAGCUCGGGAACGCACCUCAACACAUCUGUGACGGCAGCGUCGCAGCCAGGCUGCUACGGGCAGGAAGGAGACUCCGAGGCUGGAAAGCUGCUGUUUAAGCGCUAGAGUGCAGGUUUAUUGGUCCCACAGGGGGACCAAACCACAACAACAAACAAAUACAGCACAAGGGCCUAAAUAAAGAGUCGAACACAAAACUUACACACGCCAGGCUGAGCUACACUUCGCUGCUUCAAACACCUCUCAAAGGGUUUUUUCCCUCCCUUUUUAUACAGGUGGUCAUUCCCCAGUUUAUACAGGUGGUCAUUCCCCAGUUAGCACCAAUCACCUCAUUAGGGAAUGAGCACACCUGUGAUUGCUGGCAGGAUGGAUUUGACCCCAUCCCUGUCACAACAGCAAUAGAAUAAUUCUUAGAUAUAUUUUUAAACAGUACAGGCAGACCCUCGCUAUAAUGCUCUUCAUUAUAACAAGCCUUGGGCUAUAACGAAUCUUCCUGCUGGACCCCAAAUAAAAAAAAAAAAGAUAAUAUAAACACACACUGUCAACAUCCCGGUCUGUACGCACAGGAUGCCACCUCCGCAGUGAAGUCUUGAGAUAAGAAACACGCUGUGUAACUGCCUCCGAAACGAAAAUCAUGUUAUGUUGCAACAAAAGCUGGAAACUAUAGUUUGAAAAAAGUAAUGCAGGCAUGUCUCUGUCGUGAAUACUGGUUGUCAAAAAGCAUUCUGUUUUUUGGCUUGUUCAGCAACCAUGCGGCAAAGUAAAAUUGAAUAAAAAAAUGUAAAAAAAACCAAAAAUGUGUUCUUUUUUU